GGGGCAGCAUCAACAAGAAAAGUGAAGAACACCUCUGUGAUUUGCUGAUACAACAUGGCUUCAGGGACCAGUAGACCGUCCUCUUUGCUUACCAUUGGCUUGCUUAUCUUGGCUCUGCAAUGGACAGACGGAGGAGCCUUCCCCACAAUACCACUCUCCAGUCUGUUUACCAAUGCUGUACUAAGAGCACAGCAUCUUCAUCAGCUCGCAACAAAUACCUACAAGGAAUUUGAGCGUUCCUAUAUCCCAGAAGAGCAGCGAUACUCCAUGAAGAAUUCUCAGACUGUAUAUUGUUAUUCUGACACUAUCCCUUCACCCAUGAGGAAAGAGGAAACUCAACAAAAAACAGACAUGGAACUGCUGAGGUUUUCACUGAUUCUCAUUCAGUCCUGGCUAAAUCCUAUACGGUUUCUAAGCAGGAUGUUUACAAACAGUCUUGUGUUUGGGACGUCAGACAGAGUCUACGAAAAACUCCAAGACUUGGAACAAGGUAUCCAAGUUCUUAUGAGGGAGGUGCAGGAUGGUACUUCCCAGAGCCUUCCGCUGCCUAGACCCACCUAUGACAAGUUUGAAUUCAAUCUCCGGAGUGAAGUCGCUUUGCAGAAGAACUACAAUCUCUUGUCCUGCUUCAAGAAAGACCUGCACAAAGUGGAGACCUUCCUGCGAGUGAUGAAAUGCCGUCGUUUUAGAGAAAUCAGCUGUGUCCCCUAAAGGCACAAAAGACCCACCUCUCCAUUCCAAUUUUCCUAUGAAGUUUCCUAGAACCUGGGAAAGAGAAUGGGCUAUUACUGUGCCAACUGCCUACAUGCCUGAGUCAAGUAAAAAGCAACCUAUUGCAUUUCAAAGCCCUGCUAUUUGUGAAGUCUCUCAAUGCUCCUUGAUAUCUGUGCAAAAAUAAAUGCUAUUUUGCUGCUGAAAGAA